AUGCUUACAUUAGCACAAUUCGGCGAGCGGACAUUCUUCUACGUGGGCGGACAAUAUGUCAAUUACACAUUUCAGGACCAGUACAUGGUGGGUCAGAUGUACGUUGAGCGUCUCACUCCACCGACCAUCCUCCACGAGCACCCUCUGGUGUUCAUUCACGGCUCUGGACAGACCGCUACCAACUGGUUAAACACCCCAGACGGCCGCGAGGGAUGGGCAUCUUACUUCCUCCGCCAGGGCUACGUGGUCUACCUUUCUGAUCAGCCCGAACGCGGGCGCUCGAUCUACACGCCCGGGAGCGGCGAGCUGGCGGUUUUCUCCACAACAGCAACGUCCUCCAUCUUCACAGCCCCAGAGAAAGUCCUCCCUCUCCCUUACCCGCAAGCCGCCCUGCACACCCAAUGGCCGGGCACAGGGCUCCCAGGCGACCCAGCCUUCGACGCCUUCUUUGCCUCUCAGGUGCAGCUCCAGGCAAACAACACCAUCACCGCGAAGCUGUCCAACAACUCGUACGUAGCGCUGGCGGACCGCAUCGGCAUGCCUCACAUCCUCAUCACGCACUCGCAGGCAGGCCCGUUCGGCUGGCAGCUAGCCAACGAAAGGCCCGACCUUCUCGCGGGGCUGGUGGCCAUCGAACCCGGCGCGAGCCCCUUCGAGACCUGGACCGGUCCACCCUAUGCGCCGGGGUAUGCGGCAGCGUGGCCGCCGUUGACGUACGGGCUUACUGUCCUCCCGCUGGUGUAUGACCCGCCGCUGCCGGAUGAUGACCCGGGUGCUUUGGCGAAGGAGACUGUCCCGCCUGCUGGCCCUGACCUGGCUCCUUGUAUCUUGCAGGCAGAGCCGGCUAGGAGGCUUCCCAAUCUGGCCAAGGUACCAGUGCUACAGAUGGUCGGGGAGGCGAGCUUUCAUGCUGUGUUUUCUGGCUGCGUGGCGAGUUACCUGGAGCAGGCGGGAGUAGACGUGGAAUUUGUGAGGUUGGGGGAAAGAGGCCUGCGAGGGAAUGGGCAUCUCAUGUUCAUGGAGAAGAACAGUAUCGAGAUUGCGGAGAAGGUGGUGAUACCAUUUCUCGAAAAACUGGAGAAGCAAUGA